AAUAAGAUCUUUGUGAGAAAGUAGGAAUUUCCGCAAAUAAUAAGCAAAAUAAACGAGAAAUAUUAGCAUAGGGGAGUCGGAAUCCUGCCAGAGGAGGGGGGUUUUGGCUGUGGUUAGAGAGAGAAUCCAUUGAAGAAGGCUGCUACCUGCUUUCUCGCUCUAGAAUUUAUCGCUAACCAAAUCACUUCCUGUAUCCACUUGAUCUUCAAUCUCGAAAGCCUGAUUGUGACACAGAUACAGGAUUUUCGUUAGUUUUCUCUCAGGAUUCCGUUCGCUACCGAGCUGUAGAGAGUGAUUUUGGUUGCAGACCUCACUCGCAGUAAAUAAUCGCAAAUUGGACGCAUAUCUGCAGCAGCGUACUCCAAUGCACUCGAGACUGGGGUUAGGGUUUUGAGAUUUUUGCUGUUGGAGCUUGCUUGCUUGCACAGGCAUAUUUAGGAUGGCGCUCGCAACGACAGCACAGUCAAUUCGCUACAUUGGUCCAGCGGCUGCCACCGGAGCUAACAACCUUGACGCUCUUAACCGAGUGCUUGCUGACCUUUCCGUCCGCGGCAAUCCCAAGGAUGGAGCUGCUCCUGCGUUGAGAAGAUAUGUCGAAGAGCAAGCUCGUGAUCUCAGUGGUGAAGCAUUUUCACGUUUUAUGGAUCAGCUGUAUGAUCGUCUUACUGGACUUUUAGACAGCAAUGAUGUUGCUGAAAAUUUGGGUGCUUUGAGGGCCAUUGACGAGCUAAUAGAUGUGGAAAUCGGGGAGAAUGCAGUCAAAGUGGGGAAAAUUGCAAAUUACAUGCGAACUGCAUUUGAGGCAAAACGUGAACCUGAAACUUUAGUUAUUGCUAGUAAAGUUCUGGGCCACUUGGCAAGAGCUGGUGGAGCAAUGACAGCUGAUGAAGUGGAAAGGCUGGUUAGAAUUGCACUGGAUUGGCUUCGUGGUGAUAGAGUCGAAUAUCGCCGUUUUGCUGCUGUUUUAAUUUUAAAAGAAAUGGCUGAGAAUGCUUCAACAGUGUUCAAUGUGCAUGUUCCGGAGUUUGUUGAUGCCAUAUGGGUUGCUCUAAGGGAUCCAAAACUGGAUGUUCGAGAGCGUGCCGUAGAAGCAUUGCGUGCUUGCCUUCGUGUCAUUGAGAAGCGUGAGACACGAUGGCGAGUCCAAUGGUAUUAUCGUAUGUUUGAGGCUACACAAGAUGGAUUGGGAAGAAAUGCCCCUAUACAUAGCAUACAUGGCUCUCUGCUUGCAGUUGGGGAACUGCUGAGAAAUACAGGCGAGUUUAUGAUGUCCAGAUACAGAGAAGUGGCUGAAAUUGUUCUUCGAUAUUUAGAGCAUCGGGAUCGGCUUGUUCGUCUAAGCAUAACUUCUUUGCUUCCAAGAAUUGCUCAUUUCCUACGUGAUCGUUUUGUAACCAACUAUCUGACGAUUUGCAUGAAGCAUAUUCUUCAUGUCCUCAAAAUCCCUGCAGAAGCUGCCAGUGGGUUUAUUGCCCUCGGAGAAAUGGCUGGUGCGUUGGAUGGGGAACUCAUCAAUUAUUUGCCGACAAUAACAUCUCACUUACGUGAUGCGAUUGCUCCUCGCAGAGGGAGACCGUCCAUGGAGGCUUUGGCAUGUGUUGGAAAUAUUGCAAAAUCCAUGGGGCCUUCUAUGGAGCCUCAUGUACGUAGUCUCUUGGAUGCGAUGUUUUCGGUUGGGUUGUCUUCCACCCUAGUGGAAGCCCUUGAGAACAUAACUGGCAGUAUUCCAUCUUUGCUUCCAACCCUUCAAGUACGCUUACUUGAGUGCAUUUCUGGAGUUCUUUCUCGACACCAACAAGUUCAGCCAAGGACUUCUGUUGCUCUUAGUCGGACCAGUAGCUCAGCAGCUACUUUACAAGUAUCAGAACCCAAUGGUUCCUCUCUUGUUCAACUUGCCUUACAAACUCUUGCGCGGUUUAAUUUUAAGGGCCACGAUCUUCUUGAGUUUGCAAGAGAAUCUGUUGUGGUAUACUUGGAAGAUGAGGAUGGAGGUACACGGAAAGAUGCUGCUUUAUGUUGUUGCAAAUUAAUGGCAAAUUCUUUGUCUGGUAUCUCCGCUGCCCAGUUUAGUUCUAGUAGGACAAGCCGUGCCAGUGGAAAGAGGCGCCGCCUUGUUGAGGAG